CUCCACCGCAAAAGUUGCUGUGCUCUCUCUUCCUUUUCCCCAUUUUCUCUUUUCGUUGUUAGGCACGAAGGCCAUUGCCCUCUGCAAAGAGAAGCUCCGUUUUUAGCGCUAAAUUUGCUCGUAUUCUCCUUAGGAAUUCGACGCUUCCUCCGCAACCACUCCAGAGUCCCGAUCAAGGGUGCUUGUCAUAUGAGUCUCAGCUACCAAAACCAAGCAAUAGUUUCAACUUUCAAGCAGGAUUUGGACCUGACCUUGACCUUAUGCAUAAGAUUUGAACUAUCCCCGUCUUUGAACUGAGACUAUAUAAACAUCCAACAACUUCCGCAUGGAAAAUUCAGUCUCUAAUCUUUCCUCAAGGAAAAAUUCUGGCACAAACUGUGCCAUAAUCAGUAAAAUUCUUUCAAAACGACAUGCCAUUCCAUCUGGUUCAAAAUCUUUUGUGCAUAAAUCUGCAGCCAGGAUAUCUUUGUCGUGUCGUGGAAAAAUGGGAAUGGGUGCCGGUUGUCAGAUAGCAUUGUUCUUAUUGAAACUUGCUGCUUUGGAGAGUGUCAGAAGGUUCUCAAAGUCAAAAUCUCUUCCUGUGUGGUCUGGCCUCCAGGCUUUACAUGUUUUCUGUUAUCCUCCAUUUAAAUGGAUCCAGAAGUGGAGUCCUUUUGGAAUGUUGGUUAAAGGCAUGCAGAUGUUAUCCCGACCUCUACUGGUGCUAUCGAUUGCCACAGCUUUCUCUGGUGAUCCAGAGUGCGUCAGUUCUACCACAGAGAUCAGUGGAGUUAAUCAGGGGCAUGAUGACUCAUAUGAUGUUUCAGAAUUUCAGCAAGAGUUAUCCUCUACACAGUCGGUGACCUCUUUGAGACUUGAGGAUGAUCUUUGUGUGCUGCCUGCCAAUUGGCUAUCUCAGCUUUAUAAGGACCUGGAAGUUCAAGGCAUUUCUUGGAAAGACAGAAUUGGUGAAGAAGAACUCCAUAGAUUUUAUACUGCUGCAGAUGGUGACUUUACGCGGUUGCUUUCAUCUGUAAGGAAAACUAUCCAAUGGAGAGAGACUUAUAGAAUUAUUUCUGGCCAUGAACUAGACACGUGGUCAAAUCUGGUAUUUUGGCAUGGAUUUGAUGUGAAGCAGAAACAUCUACUUAUAGUCCGUCUUGGUUUAGCUUGCAGUAGCUUGCCAUUCUCUGACAGACAACGCUUUGGUCAAGCAGUUGGUAUGGGUGACUGGUGGUGGAGCGAUUUAGUCCGAAGUAAGGUGGAAGCUAAGAAGGUGGCGUAUUUGAGGUACAUGGGCUGCAAUGUUGAGAAAGAAAGAGCGGCGUUACGAGUGGAGUACAAGAAGGCACGUAAAGAAGCUAAGUUAGAGGUUACGAGGGCAAAGAAUGCCGCUUUUGAACGCCUCUACAAGGAUAUUGAGGAGAAAGGCAGUGUUAAUCCACUGUUUCGGCUUGCUAAGGUGCGUGAGAGGAAGGCCCGAGACCUGGAUCAUGUGAGAUGCGUGAAGGGCAGCGAUGGUAGAGUGUUAGUUGAGACUGCCAAGGUGGCUAAGCGCUGGGGGGAGUACUUUAGGGAACUCUUAAAUGCGGGAGGAGACCAAAGGCUAGUUCUUGAUGAGUUGGGGCAGUCCGGGGCGUCUCGUGUGUAUUGCCAGCGCAUUUGCCAGGAAGAGGUUGUUCGGGCCCUCCGCGGGAUGCGUAGUGGGAGAGCUUUGGGACCAAAUGAGAUUCCGGUGGAGUUUUGGAAGCAUGCAGGUCGUGGUGCGAGGGUUUGGUUAACCAAACUCUUCAGUGUUAUCCUCCGGACAGCAAAGAUGCCUGAUGAGUGGAGGGAGAGUCUCUUGGUUCCUCUGUUUAAAGGCAAAGAGGCCAUUCAUCUCGUGAGGAGGUUAAUGGAAGAGUAUAGGGCUAGGAAGAAGGACCUUCAUAUGGUGUUUAUUGACCUUGAGAAGGCGUACGAUAAGGUGCCAAGGGAGGUCUUAUGGAGGUGCCUGGAGAAGAGAGGAGUUCCCAUCGUGUACACUCGCGCUAUCAAGGAUAUGUACGAUGGGGCUUUGACCAGGGUAAGGACUUCCGGGGGUGACUCUGAGUCUUUCUCGGUAGGGAUGGGGUUGCACCAGGGGUCUGUCCUUAGCCCUUUUUUGUUCGCCUUGGUGAUGGACGUUCUAACCCAAGGUGUUCAAGAAGGGGUCCCAUGGUGCAUGCUUUUCGCGGAUGAUAUUGUGCUUAUCGACGACACACGUGAGGGAGUUAACGAUAAGUUGGAACUAUGGCGCCUUGCCCUUGAGACUAAAGGAUUCAGAAUAAGUAGGAACAAGACUGAAUACAUGGAAUGUCGUUUCAGCGGCCGGGAAACAGAAUUAGAAGUGGAAGUUAGGAUUGACUCUCACCUAGUACCUAAGGUAGACAAGUUUCGUUAUCUUGGCUCGGUAAUCCAGGCUGAUGGGGAGUUAGAUGGGGAUGUUGGACAUCGUGUUGGAGUGGCUUGGGCCAAAUGGCGGUUAGCUUUAGGGGUGUUGUGUGAUCCGAAGAUUUCACCCAGGAUGAAAGGUAAGUUCUAUCGAUCCGUAGUCAGACCUGCUAUGUUAUAUGGGGUAGAGUGUUGGGCGGUUAAGAAGACUCAUGUGCAUCGUCUGCAUGCGGCAGAGAUGCAGAUGUUACGAUGGAUGUGUGGGAAGACAAGGUUGGAUAGGAUUUCGAACGAAGUUAUCCGACGUCAGGUAGGCAUGGCGCCAGUGGAAGAUAAGUUGCGGGAAGCGAGGUUGAGAUGGUUUCGUCAUGUGAGACGGCGGGAUGCUGACGCCCCUGUACGGAGAUGCGAGAGGAUUACGGUUAUCGGGGGAAGUAGGGGAAGGGGUAGACCUAGGAAGAAUUGGAAGGAGGUGAUUAGGCAGGAUUUAGGACUUCUCACCCUGACUGAGGAUAUGGCCUUAGAUAGGAAUCUUUGGAGAACUAGGAUUAGAGUAGCUGGAUAGGAGCUCGGUUGAGCCGGGGGUCUCUUGGAAACAGCCUCCCUACUUCCGAGUAGGGGCAAGGUCUGCGUACACACACCCUCCCCAGACCCUACUGUAGUGGGAUUCAACUGGGAUGUUGUUGUUGUUGUAGUAAUUUUUAACAACAUUCCCUUGCUCUUUUCUUAGAGAAUGAGUGUUUUCUUUAGUAAGUCCAAAAUAUUACAGUGCUCGUCUGACUUUCUUCAACCUUCGGGGUACAUUUUGAACACGGAAGUACUAGUGAAAGAAAAUAGGGAGGAAAUAGAGAGCAAUUGGAAGGGAAAGAUUCUGGAAGAAAAUAAAAGAUAGACUCAUUU